UUUAUCGCCUGGCUGUAGCCAAGCCUGCCACCAUACACGGUUCAGACCUGCGUACCUACAGAGCAGAAGGAAAGAGUCUGGUGAGCAUGCGUUCACCGUGACACCCGUAAUUCAACCGCACACUUUCAACAACCUAACCAUUCUUAUGCCAGCCAGGAUAUUAUGGUAUACUCAUAAAGGCGUAAACUCUAGAUCGUGAAAUGUUUAGACAAAUAACGUUGUUGGCCUGGGCGUUGUGUGCCCGCAUCGUCUGUAGUCUGGACUGCGAGGAACUAGCCGCCCAUUGUCAAGAGUACGAAAAGCAGGAGCAUCUAACCGUGGAUCGCUUAAUGAGUUUGAGCAUCCCGUGGCCGCUGACCGCAGAGAUCCUGCGAGAAUACCAGCCUGUGGGCGAAGCCUUUUGCCGAUACUCCAACAACACCGGAUACUGCGUCCGUGACCUGCUGGCCAGCUGCCCGGAAUUCCUCCCUGACAAUCCCAGUGGAUGGUACGACUCCGAGAAGAAAAUCGCCAUGGCCCGUCUCUGCGCGACCACCAUCGCGCCGGUCCGGUACUUUCGCGCGGUCAGUCACUGCCGCCAGCACGACCCCAAGUUGCAGCAGUCCUUCCGCCGGGCCGCGGAAGCGGCGGCUAGGGACGAGGUGGACGACGUCCCGGUAAACAGUUAUCCAGACGACAUCCCGGUCAACAGCCAUCCGGUGUGCGGUCGCGUGGAAUACUGCCACGUUAACGCGGCGGGAAUCGAAGAUGUGAGCGGUCCAGCCGGCGCCAAAAUGGCGGCAUACUGUGGCGCGGAGGCCGUGGAGACCAUCCGGGAAUCGGCGCGGCAGAUUUAUGCCGCUCACUGCCAGAACGACACCGACAGUCAUAACGUCAGAGUUUUAGCUCAGCGAUAGCGUCAACUCUUAAUUAGCUUGCAUUCCUUGCCUGUCUCCAGAAAUUCUGUUAUUCAGUGAAUAGUCGACGAUAUGCACACGUGUGUAUCUAUAGAACUAGAAACUGGAAGCGGGAAAUUGAGCGAAAUGAUUCAACGCUGGCGAAUAGUACCGAUACAAGUGCGCACUAAUAUAAAUUCUUUUGAAGUUCCAAUCUGAACAUUUGCCUGAUUUUCCCACCCGGACUUUGUACACAGUCAGUUGACGUCUUGUAAUACAUCGUAUUAAUGUCUUGUAAUUGGUGUCUCAGAUUCAAGUGUAAAUGGCGUUUAGCUUGUGCAACGGGUCAAUAAAAUACUUAUACAA